AUGCAACUCUCGGCUUUCCUUGCGAUCCUAUUCGUCUGUCUCAUUGCUGCUUUCGCGGUGCCGCUCGAAAAACCAGCAUCAGCAUCAGUAGGAGCAAAAUCUGCAACAUCUCGUGCUCGUCGUGACGUGAGCAUCUCGGAGAAGCGUCAACCGAAAGCGCGUUCCGGCUACAUUCGUUUCGGCAAGAGACGCGUCGAUCCGAACGCCGAGCUUCUUUACCUCGACCAGCUUUUGCUCUAA